CUCGCGCCUGCGCACAACGUGCCUCGUGCCUUCCCGCGUUUUUCUGGCUUCUUCCACCGCCGCAAGGGAAGCAGCCGGCGCCUGUGCUGGAGGUCUGGUGACCGCAGAACCCCGAGGGACCGGAGGCAGGGAUCUUUUCCUCAUUCCUGCCCAACCAGACAUCGCUGUUCCGGGCUCAAACACAGGACCAGCAUGCCUACCCUGCGGUCCUCCUCUUCUCCAAGCAGUGUGUCCUCCCCGCUGCGGAGAGCAGCAGGAGGUGGACAGAGGGGCUUGUCUGGCUCCUCUAGUUCUUCUGUCAGUGUGCCCUAUGGUAACAGGGACUCGGACCACACCUCACAGGGGGAUAGUGAUUCUUUGUCAGCUGAUGAAGGCAGUGACUUUGAAGAUAGCCUGAGACGCAGUGUGAAGAAGAGAGCAGCAAGACGACCACUCAAAACAACCCCAGUGGCAAAACAUCCAAAGAAGGGGUCCCAAAUGAUACGUGGUCAUGGCCAGAAAGACUCAGAGCUACCAGCCAGUGAUCUCUUUGAUGCUGUGAAAGCUGCCAAAAGUGACAUGCAGUCUUUGGUGGAUGAAUGGCUGGAUAGCUACAAGCAAGACCAGGAUGCAGGAUUCUUGGAGCUCAUUAACUUUUUCAUCCGAUCUUGUGGAUGUAAAGGCAUUGUGACCCCCGAGAUGUUCAAGAAGAUGUCCAACUCCGAGAUCAUCCGGCACCUGACAGAACAGUUUAAUGAGGACUCAGGAGACUAUCCCCUGACAGCACCAGGUCCAUCCUGGAAGAAGUUCCAGGGCAGCUUCUGUGAAUUUGUGAAGACCUUGGUCUUUCAGUGCCAGUAUAGCCUUCUCUAUGAUGGCUUCCCAAUGGACAACCUCAUCUCCCUGCUCACUGGACUGUCAGACUCCCAGGUCCGUGCCUUCCGUCACACCAGCACCCUGGCAGCCAUGAAGCUAAUGACCUCCCUGGUAAGAGUUGCCCUUCAGCUGGGUCUGCACAAAGAUAAUAAUCAGCGACAGUAUGAGGCUGAACGAAGUAAGGGGCCAGGCCAGAGAGCACCUGAGCGGCUGGAGAGCCUGCUGGAGAAACGCAAAGAACUCCAAGAGCAUCAAGAGGAGAUUGAGGGGAUGAUGAAUGCCCUCUUCAGGGGUGUCUUUGUGCAUCGGUACAGGGAUGUCCUUCCUGAGAUCCGUGCUAUCUGCAUUGAGGAGAUUGGGUCUUGGAUGCAAAGCUACAGCACAUCUUUUCUCACAGACAGCUAUUUGAAAUAUAUUGGCUGGACCCUGCACGAUAAGCAUCGAGAAGUCCGCCUGAAGUGCCUGAAGGCUCUGAAAGCGCUGUACAGCAGCCGGGACCUGACGGCCCGCCUGGAGCUCUUCACCAGCCGCUUCAAGGACCGGAUGGUUUCCAUGGUCAUGGACCGAGAGUAUGAUGUGGCAGUAGAGGCCGUCAAGUUACUAACAAUUAUCCUGAAGAACAUGGAAGGGGUGCUGACAGAUGCAGACUGUGAGGGCAUCUACCCUGUUGUGUAUGCCUCUAACCGGGCCCUGGCGUCUGCUGCGGGGGAGUUUCUGUACUGGAAGCUCUUCUACCCUGAGUGUGAGACUAGAACAGAGGGUGGGAGACAGCGACGCCGAAGUCCACGCGCCCAGAGGACUUUUUUCCACCUUCUGCUGUCCUUCUUUGUGGAGAGCGAGCUCCAUGACCACGCUGCCUACUUGGUAGACAGCCUGUGGGACUGUGCAGGGUCUCAGCUGAAGGACUGGGAGAGUCUGACAAGCCUGCUGCUGGAGAAGGACCAGAACUUGGGCGACGUACAGGAGAGCACGCUGAUAGAAAUCCUUGUGUCCAGCGUUCGGCAAGCUUCAGAGGGUCACCCGCCCGUGGGGCGGAUCACUGGGAGGAAGGGCUUAACCCCCAAAGAACGGAAGACCCAAGCCGAUGACAAGGUGAAGCUCACCGAGCACCUCAUCCCCCUGCUCCCGCAGCUCCUGGCCAAGUUCUCUGCUGACGCGGAGAAGGUUGCCCCCCUGCUCCAGCUUCUCAACUACUUUGACCUCAACAUCUACUGCACCAGGCGCUUGGAGAAGCAUCUGGAGCUGUUCUUACAGCAACUCCAGGAAGUGGUGGUGAAGCACGCGGAGCCUGCGGUGCUCGAGGCGGGGGCUCAUGCCCUCUAUCUGCUCUGUAACCCCGAGUUCACCUUCUUCGGCCGGGUGGACUUUGCCCGCAGCCAGCUGGUGGACCUGCUGACUGACCGCUUCCAGCAGGAACUCGAAGAGCUCCUGCAGUCACCCUUCCUAGACGAGGAUGAGGUGUACAGCCUGGCGGCCACUCUGAAGCGCCUCUCUGCCUUCUACAAUGCCCAUGACCUGAGUCGCUGGGAGCUCUAUGAGCCGUGCUACCGGCUCCUCCGGAAGGCUGUGGACACAGGAGAGGUUCCUCACCAGGUGAUCCUGCCAGCCUUGACUCUUGUCUAUUUUUCCAUUCUCUGGACACUAACCCACCUCUCUGAAUCAGACGCCUCCCAGAAGCAGCUCUUGAGUUUGAAGGGGAGGACGGUGGCCUUCUGUGAGCUCUGCCAGAGCUGCCUCUCAGAUGUGGAUUCUGACAUCCAGGAGCAGGCUUUUGUCUUACUAAGUGAUCUACUUCUCGUCUUCAGCCCUCAGAUGAUCUUAGGGGGUCGUGAUUUCCUUAGACCCCUUGUCUUUUUUCCUGAAGCCACUCUCCAGUCUGAGCUAGCCAGCUUCCUCAUGGACCACGUCUUCAUCCAGCCCGGAGAACUGGGCAGCGGCCAUUCCCAGGAGGAUCAUGUGCACAUAGAGCAGCUGCACCAGCGGCGCCGCCUCCUGGCUGGGUUCUGCAAGCUCUUGCUCUAUGGGGUCCUGGAGAUGGAUGCGGCCUCGGAUGUCUUCAAACACUACAACAAGUUCUACAGUGACUAUGGUGACAUUAUCAAGGAAACAUUAACUAGAGCAAGGCAGAUUGACCGCAGUCAUUGUUCCCGAAUUCUGCUGCUGAGCCUCAAGCAGUUGUACACAGAACUGCUGCAGGAGCAGGGGCCCCAGGGUCUGAAUGAGCUUCCGGCCUUCAGUGAGAUGCGGGACCUUGCCCGAAGGUUUGCCUUGAGCUUUGGACCCCAGCAACUACAGAACCGUGACCUGGUGGUCACACUACACAAGGAAGGCAUCAGAUUCUCCCUGUCUGAGCCUCCUCCGGCUGGCUCCUCUGGUCAGCCCCCAAACCUGGCAUUCCUGGAGCUCCUUUCCGAGUUUUCCCCCCGACUCUUCCAUCAGGACAAGCAGCUGCUACUGUCCUACCUGGGAAAGUGUCUGCAGCGUGUGUCCCAGUCACUUGACUGUCCGUGGGGUCCUGUCACCACCUACUGCCACUCCCUCAGCCCUGUGGAGAGCACUGCAGAGGCCAGCCCUCAGGGCUACCCCCGCUCCAAGAAGAGGCGGACGGAAGGCCCCUCCAGGCAGCAGAGGGAGGAUGUCCGUCCGUCCCAGGAAGAGAGCCUACAGCUGACCAGCAUCCCCCCCUCACCCACCCUCACCUCCACAGCCGUGAAGAGGGGGCAGCCUCUGAGGGGGUUGGGAGAGGCAGAGGAAGAAGGCAGCUCAGAACUGGAGCUUACCCAAGGCCAGCCCCUCUCAGGUAACCAGAGGUCAAGGUUCUCGAGUCCACGGCGUCUCCGGACUCUGCUCCACCCUCCAGGUCCUGGUUUGGGCACCCGGCUGACCCGACUCAGCCUGAUGGAAGAGGACGAGGACGAGCUGGAAGUCCACAACGAGCUCAGCGAAGAAUGGCAAGACGCAGACAAGCACUCCUCCCCCAGCGAGCACGGGCUGGACCUCUUAGAUUCCACAGAGCUGAACCUUGAGGAUUUCUGACAGGAUCCUGGGCCCCUCCCCACCUCCACUCCCCACCUCACCUUGGAAAAGGCAAGCGGGAGAACACAGCAGAAGGAACCGUUACUUCCAGGCCCCACCCCUGUCCUUGGGAAGGAGAGGUGGGCUGCACCUUCCUAACCUAACCCUUUCCUCUGGUGACGCUGGCAUAGAGAAGCCUUGGGCCCCCUGUCCUUCCUAACGCUCCCUGGCUCUGUCCCUGGGUUGAGGACGGGGCCUUUUCCUGCUGUGUCUGGAGGGGGUGGGGCUUUACCUCAGUCCUGGAGAGGCACUGCCUCCCUGUGCUGCGUGGAAAGAGCCCAGUCGUUUUCUGUAUCUUGGGAACAGCUUUCCCAGCCGCCUUUGUGCCUCAGCAACUAGCUCAAUAAACACGUUUCAAGCA